UGUAGACUACUAGAUCUCCGCCGAGACGUUCAUGCCGGAGAGCAAUGAGGAUGCGGAUGUGGUUCGACAAUCGAGUACACUCCCGCUCAACUGCACAUCAUCCUCCAUGCAUCUCUGCCAAGGCAGCUGCCGCAGUUCCAGCUUUUAGCCGCGCGGCGUAUCUAUGUACUCCAGAUAUAUGCUCGUUGCUUUUUGGACGGCCGGCCAGCGCUAUCAAGGACAGAGCAGGCAGACGCAUGGAACCUGUCACUGGGUUGAGGACCAAGAAGGUUCGUCGGUGUGUGAAUACAGGGUACACCGUGGUGAAUUAAACAAAGAAGCUUCGUGGAGGGCCACAGUAUGCUUGUACAGUGGUACCGUUCCAGUGUGAACUCUAAGUGCCGUCCUUCGGACUUCGUUUGAUCUGCAAUCCGCCCGUGACUGGAGGCUGCCGCGCUGUCACCCCAAAAAAAACUUGCCACAUCCCGUUCAGGUUGCCACUUUAUGCAGCGCUGCCAAGGUGAAGUCAGACUCCAAACACGGAACAGCCGUCAUUCUUCCAGAUCGAUUGGUCACUUGUGACUAGCUUGCAUCUCCCCGCGCAUCAUUACCACUCGUGCUUACUGCUUUGGUUGAGGUCGGUCGGUUCAACUGCAGCGGGCCCCUCUCCGCCGCGUACCCUCGCACGGAUGCAGCAUUGCGCGUCCAAGCAGUAGUACCUCUACGCCGAG